GAGGAAUUAAAAAAAGUUAAGGUUGACAACGCAGAGAAAGAAAAAAUUAUUAUUCAUCUGAAUAGUAAUAAUUUGAAUCAAACAAAAUUUAUUGAAAAGCAAUUAAAGAAACUUUCUAACUUACUUUUUCCUGAUCAAGAUUAUAACUUUACUCAGUUAAAACAAGAAGUGAUUAGAUUAAAAAUUAAAGAAUUAUCUCCUCAAUUAAGAAAUGAGAGUGAUAAAUUAGAAAAGUUAAUAGCUAGCAGUAAAAAUAAGGUUGGGAACAACUUUGAAAAAAUAGUAGACCUAUUUCUCGAAACUCAGAAGCAAAUCAUUGAAAAAAAGAAAACUAGUAAUAUUUUAAUUCAAGCGCACCUAGAAGGACAAUUAACUGCUUAUCAAAGUAUCCUAGAAGGAAGAACAUUAGAAAAGCGUGGAAUGGUCAACGAAUAUACGAGGUUUUUUAUCGUAUUUUUGAAUAAUAUUUCUUUAAUUUUUCACCCCGAGAUUAUUAAUCAUGUAAAAAAACAAACAACGGUAUAUUGUGGUGUGGAUCCUACUGCACCUAGUUUACACUUAGGAAACUUAUUAACGUUAAUGGGAUUAUUACAUUUCAAUGUUAUCGGUCAUCGUACGAUUGUUUUGAUCGGUGGUGCAACAGGUUCAAUAGGGGACCCAUCAGGACGUAAUACAGAACGUCAACCCAUGUCGGUUACCACAAUAGAACAUAAUGUAAUAGUUCUCAAUCAGCAACUACGUCGUAUAUUUAAUAAUGGACUUAUGUACGCAUCAAGACGUGGAUUCGUAUUAAGCAAUGAACUUGAUAAUUUUUUGGUUAUGAAUAAUUUGGAAUGGUUUCAUAAAAUGACAGCUCUUGAAAUGUUAAAUAAUAUAGGAAGAUAUUUUAGAGUUGGUCCAAUGUUGAUGAAAGAUAGUGUCAAAUUAAGGAUGGAAAAUGAAGGGGGAAUAAGUUUCACAGAGUUUUCUUAUCAAUUACUUCAAGCUUAUGAUUUUUGGUAUUUGCAUAAUCAUCAUCAAUGUCGAAUUCAGUUAGGAGGUAGUGAUCAAUGGGGAAACAUUACUGCAGGCAUUGACCUGAUCAAUAAAAAGAAAAACCAUGAAAUGAUUGAUGAUAAAAAUAUCAAAAAUAAGUUAGAUGUAUUUGGAAUUACAAUUCCUUUAUUGUUGACUUCAACAGGAGAAAAGUUUGGCAAAUCUACGGGAAACGCGAUUUGGUUGAAUGAAAAUUUAACUAGUGUAUAUGAAUUCUAUCAGGAAUCACCAGAAAAGCAUUAUGCGCAAGAAAAGUUGGCAUCUGAGAUUACGGAACUUGUGCAUGGAC